AUGGCGCCGCAAGAAUGGGACCUUCUGCUUCCAAAUGCUAAUCGCCAAACGGGUCGCAAUUAUACAGGAAUCCUGACCAAGACGAUUGUCUAUGGCCUUACUCUUCUUUUGUUCUUGAUUGCCUACGCAUUCACCAUUUUGUCGAUUAUUCUGCCGAAUUGGGUCAGUUAUAAUAGCGAGAAGCCACCACUACACUACUCCUACGGUCUCCACCGCCGCUGCUCCUCCCUAACAGACAUCUGUGAACCAUUCCCCCAAUACGAAGACUGCCAUGGCGAAGAUCGCUAUUUUUGCUCCAUGUGGCGCAGCGUCGGCUUCCUCAUGGCCUUUGCCGUUGUCCUAAUGUCGCUCGGAAUAGUCGCAUAUGUCAUAAUUCUUUCUGGGGGGAAGAAGUUGCGCGAAACCGGUUGGGGAGUGUUGAGUACGAUCAUUGUCUUGUCGGUUGCUGUGCAGGUGGCUAGUAUGGCUUUGGUUGCAUACCUCUUCGACAACGAUGAGCGCUUCUUCAUCGGUUGGCAACUAGACAAGUCAUUUGCUUUCUGCACGGUCAGCUGGUGUAUUUCGCUUUUCUGUGCUGCUACUGUCGUAGUCGCGGCACGUACAUUGCCUCCUGAAGGUGGCUAUGAACUCGUCCCAGGCUUUGGACAUGAUGCCGAGGAGGUGAAUUAA